GAAGCGUAGACGUUGCUUUGCCGGGUCGUGAACAAUGCGGCGUUGUUUUAACCGGAAAUAAAAGCGACACCGAGCCGAUGUUGAAGACGAAAUUGUUACGGUGGUAAAAAACAAGGCGGAUACUCGAAGUCACGAAACGCGGAACUAACGGACGACGAGGAUCUUCCUUCGUUUCUUUCUUUCUUUCGUCCUUCCGCCUUAUUGCCGAUCGAAGUGUGCGGUGCCCGCGAUCUGUUUUAUCCGCCGGGGAAGAAAAAAAAGCAGGUUUGUGUACUCGUACGGAUAUUUAAACUGAACGCUGAACAGUAAACGAUCGGUCGAAACGUGCGUUUGGUUUGUUUUUUUCAUUCUUACUGAGGAAUAUUAAGCGAGACGCCGGGCGUAAAUGAUCGUGGAGAGUCGAAGUAGAGAGAUGCGGGAACUGAUUUCUCCGACGCUUCGAGAAUCCCUUUAAGCGGGUUUCGACCGCUCCGAGCUCACCGGGUGCCGAGUUAAAGGGAAUAUAUCCAAAGACCGCGAACCGCCGAAUAAAACUAUUGGAUUUCCUUGUCGAGAGGUAUUUCGUCGCGAAUCGAUCGCACCUCGCUACCUUUCGCAAAACUGAUACUUUUACCAAAAAGGACUCUUGGAAAUCGCUCGGAAGAUUAUGGGCGCCGUUUUUAUAAACGAGGAAAUACGAACAGUACUCCGAUCGAUACGAAGUAUUUCCGGGGAAAUUUUCAACUUGUGAAUAAGAUUCGCCGGUAAAUUCUUCUUUAAACUCUUGUCAAGUUUCUUCUGCCUCUACGUUUGUCACUUCGCAUUUUAUAUUCCUAAGAAAAGUGACAACGAUUCUCGACGUCUGAAAUCAGACAAAAGUCUCGCGAGUGUUUUUUUUUUCUUGCGACGACGAGCAUAAACAUUCAUGAACAAGGUGAAUCAGUGCGACGUUUAUUUCUUUUAAUAUCGUCAAAUCGACUGUACGAGGAUAUUAAUUUUAAGAAGGAAGCGCAUGCAGUGUCGGAAUUAAGUGUUGGGUGGUUUAUUUUUCGUUUUUUUUUUUUUUUUUCUCAAUCUUACUAUUCAACUUUGAUCUUUUCAUUUUAUCGCGAUGCUGCAGAGACACGCCUGUUAAUAUCGAUCGAUAAUAUGACCGAGUAACUCACAUGGAUAUUUUUCUUCGAUACGCAACCUGCUGCGCCUGUUCCGGGGAUGAAAACUACUCGCUGCCCUGAGAAUUCAUCCGCGGCGUAAUCGUCGCCAACCUGGAGUUUUGCUUCAUAGCAGCCUCGGGAGGGGGUGGUCCGAUGUUGGCCCCUCCCGUGGCCCAGGGGCCCGCAGGACGGCCCGUCGGCGGUGCAGGUGUCGGUGCAGGAGGCCUGGGAAAUCGCGGACAACAACAGUCCGUCGGCCCCGCGGCCGCGCUUUGGCCUUUGACCCCGACGCAGUCGUCGGUUCCACCCAACGGACAGUCCCAGGGCACGCCGCCGCUUCCAGCCACCCCAGCGCCUGCCCACACCCAAGGCGUGAAUCGAUAUGGAUUGUACUCGUUGUUUCCCGGUAGUAAUCCCGGGGGUUACGUUGCCGCAACACCGGCAACACCUGGACCACCGCCUGCCAGAGCUUAUCACGCGACAACGCACAAGGUUUCAGAGAGCGUGUUUUCAGCGGCCGUCGGCGUCGGCGUCGGCGUCGGUGGAUACACAUGGGGAGCUCCCACCCCGCCCCCCGGUUCGCCCUACAGCCCUGGACCCGUGACGCAGCUGGAGCUUUUGGCCAAGAAUCUGGCGAGUCUUGCGCCUCCGGCGCAACAAGCUCUCGGCCUUCAGGGCGUCGGGGUGAACGUAGGGAGCUUGCAUCACGCCCAGCACACUCAGCACACUCAGCACACUCUAAACCUCGCCGGGCUUCAUCAUCUUCAUCACGGCGGAAUUCACCAGAGUGCCGGAUUUUCGCCGCAGCUUUCGCUCGUUACCGGAAGCGCGCCUGCCUUGACGAUAAACAGUUUUUCCUCACCGAAUUCGGCAGCCUCGCCGACGACGGGCGUCCUCCUCCAGGAUUACCAGUCGCCGAUAUCCUCGAACACGAUCAGCUGCCCGACGUCUCUCGGCACGUCGACGUCGGGGCCCGUUAACGGAGCGACGACGAGCGGCAACGCGAUGCUGAUACAGGGAACGACUUACCAGGGCAUCGCCAAGAGGAGAGAGGCCUUUUUACCCAGUCAAGGGCAGCCGAUUAAACUUGAAAACAAAAGCAGGCAGCCUUGCGUCUGCAGGAACACUAAUGGCAAGACGAAAGUCGUCCAUUCCGACGCCGGAUGCAGCAGAACUCUGCCGAUCGUCUCGUCCUGGAACGGGCAGCAGGAUAAUAUCGGGACGAAUUGCAGCGCAAUCAGCUCGGCGGCAACCCUCGUCAAGAGGGAACCUAUUACCUCGGUUCCGUGCCAGGUCGCCGAAGUCUCCACGUCCUUGCACGCCACUGCAACCGCUGUUAAAAUCGAACCACUCCCACCGAAGUCGGAAAACGGUAUCGUAGUGUCGAAUUCGGGGAGCGGUAUUCCCGUGGGAAUAGCAGUCGCCCGUCAGAGGCUGCAGCAUCAGGAAACUUCGUCGUCGACGACGAGGAACGUCUCCUUGAGUCAUCACACGUCGCAUCACGCGAGCUAUCAUCACUUCCAGCCGGAUAAUAUGGGAGGUGCCGCGGCCAUGACAGUGGGCGGGGCUACGCUGGUGCAUUGUGGGGCCGCGGGGGAAGAUCGGCCGGCCCACCUGACCAUACCCUCAGCCACACUUCCGCCCGGGCUCAACGCCGCCCUCAAUUCAUCCCUGAAUGCAACCCUCGGGAGUCUCGGGAACGGCGCCACCACCGCCACCGCUUGGCCCCACACUUUUUGGCAGUAUCCAACCGCAGCGAUGCCGAUGGACCCUGUGGGCUUCCCUCAAAUGGGAAUCGGAGGUCUUCAAGGCGGUCUUCAGCUCGUCAGAGACCCGUCAACCGGCCACCUUCUUCUCAUACACGCUACAGCAGAACAAGUUCAGCAGGCCGUGGUUUGGCCAAACUACGCUGGUAACAACGGAGGCAACGUUGGCCCGCCCCCGCUUUUACUGCCUCCGCCGCCGCCCCCGUCUCUACAACUUCUCAGUGAUAUUGGGGGUGCUCGUAUCGUCCUCACCGACAACAAACGGAAACAGCAGAACAAUUUACCCAUUGUCAAAAUCGAAGCUGAUUGCAGCAACAGUCCAACUACUAUCAUUACAUCCGCCGAAUCGACGAAAGCUCUGCAAACCGUGACAUCGAUGUCCGGCGCACUGAUUCCCGACUCGCCGCUCGUUACCACGCUCCAUUAUUACCCGCAUGCACCAGCUCUGGUACAAAUCAGCCAGGCGGAACCUGCCCACUGCAGGUCACAGGCGACCUCACCGGUUUCCUGCCUCACACCGCCUCCGGAAUCAACGCCGACACCGGUCAUCGAAACGCCGGAAGUGACGCCGAUCGGUGUUCAGGACGCCUCGAAUCAGACGGAUUCACCUGACGAUGAGGAGCUUCCGGUUCUCGACGCGAUCGUCAAGCAGGAGCAGAACUUGAGCCCCUGCCAAAUGCACGGAAGUAUCAACGGCAACGGCAGCGGCAACGCGAACACGACGAAUUUCGAGAUAGUCUCGUCGCCGGAGAAGUUCUGCAACAACAUCGUGAAAGUCGCAAGCGUUAACGGCAUCAGUGUUUCCAACGUUGUCGGUAAGGUUGAGAAGAACGAUAACACGUCAAUCGGCGUUACCGAUUCUCCCAGGUACCCGACGACGAGUCCAACGAGGCUGGAAUCCGACGUAGUGAGGAGCAUUACGUCUGUUGACAGAACGAUUGAACACGUUGUCAACUGCCAUGGUCAGGAGGAGAAGAUGGUCUCGGAUCUGAGAUCCGGGCUCAAGAUAAUCGAGAUCACGGAGGAGAACUGCGACAGUUUUCACGAGAAUUUGGAAUUCUUUAGCAGGCGGAGAAGCUCCGAUCAUUCGGUGAAAGUUAGCGAACUUGGCAGAACUCAAACUUUGCCUGUUGAAGAGAGGAAGGAGAAGGGUUGCGGAACAACGAACAUCGUCGAGGUCAGGACCAAGGUCGAAACCGUCGAGGCUAUCGCCGUUAGGGUCGAUGAACUUAAAGUUGAGAAUUCGAACGUUUCGACGAAGAAGAUUAAUUUCGAAACUUCGUCGAAGGGCUCGGUGCAGAAUUCAAACUGCGUGAGCUGUCACGCGAAAUUGGAAGCUCCGAGUAUUCAUAAUCAUUCCGAUGUUGUCAAGAAGUCUUUUGACAUGCCGUCGAUUGACGCCGAGGAACAAAAUUGCAAGCAAGUCGUUGUCAAAAUGGAAAAAGACGACACGUUUACCGAUUGUAUUUACUCGCAGAAAUUGCAACCGCAAAUGCAACCGAUCCUGCAUCACGGUCAGCUGCAAAUUACGGAGAAAUCAAAGUGCCAGGAGAGGAUUAGCGAACCGGCGAAACGACACUCGGCGGAAAAGUAUCAUCCCGGUAUCGAGAAUGUGGUUGAAAAAUUGAAGAAAAACGCGGCGGCAGCUUUGCAGGAUAUUAGAAAAUCGGAGGACGAUGAACAGGUGAAUCGAAUAUCGAUGAAUACCGAGAAUCAUUUGCGCGUUUUGAAAGUAGAGGAUAACGGUUGUCGGGUGAAUUCCGGUGAGAAUAUGGAGAAUGUUUCUUACGUGACGGAAAACGGGGAUACUUUUAACGAGAGAGUCAAGUGCGAGGAGAAGAACGAUCAUUUGCGAAAGUCUGACGAAACCGGAAAGCGGAUCCCUUUGAACAACAAAACGCUGAACUUGAAACGACCGGAAAAUCACAGUUAUAAUUCACCGAAAAAAAAUUACGUAUUCAACAAUUACACGUUGAACAACAAUAUCGAGGAACAACCCGAUAACGAUAUUUCAUCUGUGAAAUCCGAAUCUUUGGUUACUCAGCCGCAGGUCUAUCCUUCGCCUCCGAAGAAGGAGUACGUAUCGAAAAUAUCGGCGGUAAAAAGUGGCGCCAUUUUGACAAAGGACAAAGGAGCAAAGCUUCCGGUAAAGUCCACGAAAUCGAACGUUUCGAAAGUUAAACUGGCGGUCGAUUUGAGCGGGCUUGAAUUGCUUUCGAACAGUAUCGAGCAGUUCGAACACCUGAAACCCGGCUUCGAAGCCGCGCGAUCCCAGGAAGCCGAGUCUGGCAAUGAGUAUCCGGAAUCGCCGACAAAGCUGGGAACAAUAUCGCCGCAGAGCGAAAGCAACAACAACAACGUCGAGAGUCCUUUGGGGCUGCUUUGCGCGUUGGCGGAGCAGAGAUUUAUGGAGGAAGUCGUCGGAGAUGAGCCAAAGAAAUCAUCGGCGGUCGAUAAUUCUGAGGAGGUAUCGCACGCCGGAAGAUUGUUGUUGAAUUUGGGAAAGGGGAACGCCGUUUUAAAGGAAGACACGUUUCGCGUCGAGAAGAGGAAACACUCCGAGAACGGUGUCGGCGAAGACGAGAGUUACGAGGACGCGAAGAAACCGCGGAUCGACGAGAGCUCGAAGAACAGUCUUCACAAACCGUACGAAGAAUCAGCGAAACGUAAGCAAACCGAUGAGCCGACGGAGCAGUGGCACGAAUUUAAAGAGAAAACGAGACGCCAGAUCGAUUUCUCGAACGGAAAUUUUCUCGGUUUUAAUACGGCUAAGAAAGAAGAGGACGAAAAGAUAGUGGAUUCGUCUACUGAUCGCAAGGCGUUUAAACCCAGUGGAAUGAACGGGCAGGAACGGGGUCUCCGACCUGUGAAAAAUUUCGAAGUUGAAAAUGGUCGGGUCCAUGGUACGUACAAAAAGAAAUACGAAUACUACAUACGCAACAGCAAGGAUUCCAUCGACGAGAGAUGUCGCGAUAACGAUUUCACGGAUUCCGAAGCCGAGCAAAACGCGCCGGACGGUGACCGUAUCGUUAGUAAUAACAAACACUCGAUACCUGAAAACGGGAGUUUGAAAAAUGUCAACCCUGCGACCAUCGACGACUCCCGUGAUUCUCAUCACAGGUAUCGAAGUCAGCAGGCCGAAGUGGAGGCGAAGAAAUUCAUCGCUCGUAAAGGACAACCCGAUGGAGACACCGAAUGGCCGAACAUGGACGCCAUGGAGCUUGAUAUGCGAGUAAAGCUUGCCGAUAUUCAGAAAAAGUACAAAGAAAAGCAAAAGGAACUGUCCAGGCUGACACCGAAAAAGGACGACAAAAAGGGCCCUGGAAGACCCAGGAGAAAGAGUCAUUCUUCAAGCUCGGAAUGUGACCGCAUUAUUUCAUCGUCACCGCCUCUGGAGGUGAUUGAAUCUCCUCAAAAGUCACGGGUGCGUUCUCCGGAGGCAGUAUCGCCGCCUCUGACAACUGGCGUGGUAGGAAUGCCACGAUGUAACGUGAAUUUGGUGAAACUCGGUGAGCCCCGAAGUCACAUCAAGCUUCUGGAUAGCAUCCCGAGCAUACCGAUCCCAGUGCCACCGGUUGCAUCACCAAUCACCGUCUUACCAACUAGUACAAUAUUGCAGGACACCGAAGAGAAGAGUUUGACAAGGCUUGAAUACGACACGUCUUCGCCCGCCCCGACUCUCACCGGCCUAAGCUCGGCAUCGAAAAAACGAAAGGUCGGAAGACCCAGGAAACUUAUGUGCGCUUCCGGCAGCAUAAGGCAUCUGACGGAAACGAUCGUGGCAAAGAAACCGAAGAGCAAAGCCUCGCUGGUUAGUUAUUUACUGGCAGCAAAAAAUCGUCACCUCCAAAACAAGUUGGUUAAUAAGACGGGUUACACACCUCUGCCAUUUAAAUCGUCGGGUGUAUCUGCCGCAAAGGCAAAUACUAAAGUACAAAAAACUUCAAAGAAUUCGGGAAAAGGUAAAUCGAAACCGGCAAAGCAAACGCCGUUGCAUAACAAAAGUGUGAUCAGCUCAAUAAUAGCGGAGAAGGAAAAAUUCAGCACGAAUGCAAAGCUUGAAAAACAGGUGAACAAGGUGAAACCGAAAUUGAAGGCCGAGGCAAAGCUGAAGACCUGGAAAGAUGACGAAAACGGGGAAUGGAGCAACGUGGCUGAGAAUAUUCCACCAUCGGACACCUCGUCGCGGGUUGAAUCUGCAGAGGAAACGAAAGUCGUGCCAGUCGAAAAGAGCGAACGGGACAAAGAUAAGCAUGAAAAAUCGAAAAAGAAGAAACGCAAAUCCUGCUCAUCAUCGCCGAAGAGACGAAAGUCGGGUGACCGGGAUACGAAAGACUCGAAACGGCGGAAAUCAAUGGAGUACAAGGAGUGCAAGGAAUGUGCGAAGGUCGCGAAAACUGAGAAAAGUGAAAAGACUGCGGAGAGAACCGAGAGUGUCAUGAACAGGUGCAAAUUGACUUCCGCUCACUUGGCUAUUGAUCAGCUAAGAGUUCUUACAGCAAUGGGUGGCCUCUUUUAUGCCGGUAGGCUUAGCGCCGUCGAGCCUCCUGACGUUUACGCCAUAACUUUGGACGGCGAAAGGGGGAACAGACCACACAUUCAUCCGAGAGAAGAAAUAUUCCGAGAUGCUAUUGUGGAAGUCUGCCCAGCCUCUACAAGUGAAAUAACACCCGGAACGAGACUUUGCGCCUACUGGAGUCAGCAGUAUCGUUGUCUGUACCCGGGAACAUCCGUUGAAUCUUCCGAACCUGAUCCUGAAUUAGAUGCGAAAUUUGUUAGCGUGGAAUUCGAUGACGGGGAUAGCGGUAGGAUUGCUUUAGAUGAUAUAAGACUACUGCAACCUGACUAUCCGGUUGUUGAAUACGACCCAAACCCUCUUCUCACCCUCGGUAAGCGUCGCAGACAGACUUCCUCAUCGACGGAAGAAAAACGAGUGCCAACGCGGAAUCAACAACAGGCUCUCAACGCACCGAGUACUAGCAGGGAAAUCAAGCCUAAUGAACCUUCGAAAACUGAAGAUGCGGAUUCGAAGGUUAACGAUGAUUAUCGCGAGAGAAAACGAUUGAAGAAACGAAGAAAAGACAAACUGAAAAGGCUCCAGGACGCUCAGGAUGGAAAGAAGAAACACAAGAAGCACAAUCUCUGCGAGGAACACAGAAAACAUAAACAUAGGAAGCAUAGGAAACAUCGACACAGGCACAGUCAUCACAGCGGUCACAGCAGUCACAGCGAAGCGAGUCAUCACAGUGGAGCGGAAAGUUGUUCGGGCCAAAAAAGUGAGGAAGAAUCAUCGAGUCAUUCGAAAGUAGAGGUAGAAGCAGAGAUUCAAGCGGAGGAAAAGCAAGUCGCGGUGGAAACGCCACAGCAGAUACUAGAGGACAUCGUUGAGGAAGAUGAAGAAAUGGUUGAAGAGAAACAAGACAAGUCGAAAAAGAAUGAUAAAAAAGCAAAGCCUCGUGAACGGCAGGAAUCGGUUGAAAGUCGUAGCAAAAUGGCAGCUUUCUUGCCAGCCAGACAGUUGUGGGGUUGGGCGGGUAAAGGAUAUCGGAGGCCAGGUGCUAAGGGAAGAGCAAAGAAACAGUUUUACAAGGCAAUAAAACGAGGAAACGAGACCAUCCAGAUCGGUGACAGCGCCGUUUUUCUCUCCACCGGAAGACCGGACCGACCUUAUAUCGGAAGGAUCAAAUCCAUGUGGGAAACGUCUAGCUCAAACAUGAUUGUCAAAGUUAAAUGGUUCUAUCAUCCCGAAGAAACCGUCGGCUGUCCCACAAACCUGAAAUAUCCAGGCGCGCUUUUCGAAUCGCCUCAUACGGACGAGAACGACGUGCAAACAAUAUCGCAUAAAUGCGAAGUACUGCCGCUUGAACCGUACGCUGAAAAAUUGAGCAAAGAGCCCCACAGAUACUUGACGAUAUAUGACAACAAUGACAUAUAUUAUUUAGCCGGAUACUACGAUCCUACAACUUACCUGUUGAAUAUGCAGCCGGGUGUUGUUUGAGAACAGCUUAAGCUGAGGAUUAAGUUGUCCGGGGUAACUUAAUCGCGUGUCAGCUGUCAAAAUUUGCUAAAUUGAUGAUAAUGUCUUCGACUCAGAACCCCGUGUAACAAAAUUUGCGACGAAGUUAAAAAUCACAUUAAAUAUAUGACCUCAAGUCGAAGUGUAACGUGACAAACAUCGUCGUCGGUGAAGGCCUUAUUGUUGAUCGGUGUCAGUGUCGCGGCGAGAUCAUCAUCUUGGCCUAAAAAAACCCAUCGUGUUCACCUGUCAUUCAUCCAGAUAUCACGCAAUGAUUUCGUAAUUGGGUCAAGAACAAUGACUGGCAAAAUGAUUUUCGUCAACGUUUAAAUCGCGUAAAGUUUAUAAAUUCUGAGUACACCUACUCAGAAGUUGUCGAAAUAAAUUUGACAAAAUGGAAUAAGAAAUCUGGACGAAGUUUGAAACCUGGCAAAUGUGUUAUAUGACCAUUAUCCUUGUGUGGUAAAUAUUUACCAGCGGAAGUCAUGCGAAGCGUCUUAGAGAUUUUGAAACGCUACAAUGACGCGAGUGAAAAACAAGAAGACAUUUUUUUUCUCUCCGUGUAGUCGGCUUAUAAAAAUUGUCUUGAUAAUCGCCAUGACCUUGAGCCUUCGCUUGACGAGAUAAUAUCGCGAAAGUUCAAAUUACAUAAUGAAAUACAAGUUUAACACUUGACACGUAUAUGAAACAGGGACGACAUUUUAAUACAAGUGAAUAUUUGUAUUUUCAACAUACACACAGUAUUUAAAUUUAAUGAGGCGAGAUCUAUCGCCGGAACACGUUACUGAACGGUGAUGUUUCAAUAUUGUUUAUGUUUUCAUUUUUUCAUCCGAUUCCAAUCAACUUCAAGAUUGGUAAGUGCAGCUAAAAUCGGAAGAGAUGCAAUAAUAAACUGCACCGAAAGGCAUUAAAUGCAAACAAUGGUGGCUAAAGAAUCUGUAAAUAUUGUAAAUAUAUUUGAAUUUUUAUCGUUGAUUUAUAGUUGUACAAAAAUACUAUAAUAAUAAUAAUAAUAAUAAUAAUAAUAAUAAUAAUAAUAGUAAUAACAACAACAACAACACAACAACAACAAUAAUAAUAAUAACAAUCGUAAUGAUAGAUUGUACCAUAGAUUUAAGAAAACGCCUAUUCGCUUAAGAUUAAUUUACCAUUCAAGAAAUCAGUUAUGCCGAAGAGAACGCAGGAUAUCGUGUAAAGAGUUUUCGCCGUCAGGACCAGCUUUUUCCAAGUCACGCGUGACGUCUGUUGUUGCCCUUUACAAAAAUUUUGUUUAUUCCGGCUAUACGAUGCGAAAAAAUUCUUUCCUAUCAAAUAAUCUGCCUCGACACUCACAGGUCACGGUGAAAGUUCGUCAAAUGAAUAGAUAUGUAAUUUCUACGCUUGCGGAACAAGUUUUUCAACUGAUGCAACUAUUGAAAUUUCGUGGAAUAUUACUUACAAUUAGUAAUCAUUUCGUGUUUACAUGCUCUGCGAAUUUCGAUACCAUAAUCAAUUACGAUCUGAGGCAUGACUUUAAUGAAUAUAAGUAAAUUGACAUAACGAUCCGGGUUAAAUAUUCAGAAUCGAAUUUUACACAGCUUAUCGAACGUAAAUGCUAUUUAAGAAAAAGAAAAAAGUAAUAAAAAAGGCGAACCUUUUUAAAUUACACAAAAAUGAUAACUGAUUUACGAACAUUGACGUGUCGUAUUAACAAUAAAAUUACCCAAAUGGUCCAACACGUAAUCAUUACGACGCGCGACGGUCUCCAUUUUUAAGUUUAAUUUCAUAUUUUUCUUCUUGCUAAUAUUAAUCUUCAUUGUUAAUUAGUUUAUCACUCACAAAGUUUUCCUAUCAAUUUAAACUUACGCGCUACCGUGCUUCUUCCCAAUUGUACAUAAUCCGUACGUAUGAAAAAAAACAUAUAUGCGUACAUAUGAAAUAACAUAUUAUUAUUGUUUAUAAAAGUAAGGGCACAGAGUAAAAAAAAAAAAACAGAAAAAACAAAAACAUUAGUGAUACGAGACACGGUGCUAAGUAGUCUGUAGUUCGUUUUCUUUCUUUCUUUUUUUUUCUUUUUUUUUUCUAAUCAAUGUUACUAAUCACUUACCGAGGAAAUAAGGUAUUACGUUGAAUAGCAAUCACAUAAUAAUAUACAGUUUGAGUUGAAGUUAACAGAUAUGUUAAGUAAACUAUAUAUCAUAACUCUUAAGUUUCACAAGGUUACAAGUUGUUCGGUUUAUACGCUUGAAACGCCACUUUGGUCGUUGUUCUGUGCAAGAAUUUAGAUUAAGGCAAACUUUUCUAUUAUAUAUACAUAGCUUUUAUAUUGAAUUGAGAAUAUCUUUGAAUUAUUAUUAUUAUUAAAUUAUAUACAUGUAUGCAUCAAUUAUUUACACGCGCCUGUCGGUUUCAAGGUGUGUAUUUCUUUUUCGCUUUUAUUCACAUAUGUGAAAUAUCAUCGUAUCAUUAUCAUCGGCUUGAUCGAUACAUCGCUUCACGUGUUAGUGUAUCUCGGUCAGUAUCGAAUUUUUUAUUUCCUUUUAUUGAUCGACGCGACAUUGUUACGUAUUCGUUAGUUAAAACCUAUAUUAUUUUCCGUUUCUUUUUCUCCUUAAUUUUUCCUUUUUUUUUUUUUUGUUUUUUUUUUCACCCAACCCCUUCAAUCAAUUCGAUAAGACUUACGAACGGUAUACUAAUUUCAAUGAAAUUUCCAUUAUAAACACACGUUUGAUAUUUAGUACUUGAGCAUAUUAAAGUACAAUCUAGUACAAAGUAAAAAACAAUAAAUAUGAAAUACGGAGUACGAAAAGUGUAUGAUGAGAAACAAAAAGAUACUUAUAGCCAUUGUAAUUUUUUAUGUACAUAGGUAUAUACAUUAGUAAUUAUAUUAUAUAUAAUACAGAUAUAUGAAUAAACAUCGGCGCAUAUAUUAUACGCAUAUUAAGGUAGAAGUGAGUGAGGAAAAAAAAUAUAUACACUUAAGACGCACUUAAUUGAAUUUAUAGAGUAAAGAAACAAUUCAGAAGUAAUUGAAAUAUUUUGAUUAAUCUGUCCAUAAUGGUUUAACGAAUAUAUAUAUAUAUAUAUAUAUCGUUAUAUAUAUAUAUAUUUUUUCUUUUCGGUUUGUAAUAUGUAUGUAUACAUAUUUAAAUAUAUAUACACAAUAUACACACUGAGGUGCAUGUAUAUUAUAAAAAAAAUUAAUCAAUAAGUAGUUAGUAUAUAGUAUUUUUCCAUAAAAACGUAAUUAUUUAGCUCAGAUUUAGAACCUAACAGAUACAAGAUUACAAGAUAUUUAGAUAUUUGAUAAAAUAUGAAGAGAAGAAAAAAGAAAAAGAAACGAAACAUUGAAAUGAAUAUGUAAAUUGCUUGUAGAUUUGUAAAUAGUUCGAGUAGUUCGGAAACGACGGUAUCGCUUGGCAAAAUUAUUCUAUAACCCCGUGGCGUGACUAAAUUUUUCUGUACAAUCGUAACUACGAGUAUAUAAAACGUGAUGAUUACCAAUCGUAGAUUAAAUGAAAAUGAUCGAUGUAAAGUGACUCGGAGACAUGACAAAUAAUGUAACAAAUACGUUAAAACUUCUACGAUUCGAUGAAUUGAACGAAAGAAAGAAAAAAAAAACAAAAAAAAAACAGCAAAACAGAAUUAUUUCUGAGAGAUACCGGGGUUUUCAAAAAUCGCGACUUUUAGAAUUUACAUGGAAUUGAGGCGGUUCAUGAAUUUAAUUAGCGAAGAAGAAACGUCUGUACGAAUUAUUAUUUCCGUAUGUUUUUUCUUCUUCAACUAGAUUAAGAUUUAGAUACGACGAUUAAUUGAAUAAAAGUAUACCACCAGCACUCUUAGUCUACCUGAAUCGUGAGGGUUUUCAAAAGCCCUUUCAAAAUUCCGUUCAUAUUUGCAUGGUUUUGAAAAAUUUUAACAGCACUAAGUGUAUAAGAGAAAUUCAAAUGAAUAUUGUCUAGAGGUAAUAUAAUUGUCACGAGUAAGUCGAUAUAUUUUCAAGAAAAAACAUCUACGUACAUAUUUUGAAGAAUAUCUAAAUUAUUAAUGCAUGUAAUAAUUGUUAUAAGAUUAAAAUAAUGGAAGAACAAGUUUAAGGAGUUAAAACGCGACUGUUUGAACCCAAAAGUCUGAAAAAAGGUAAUUUGGUUUAUAUUUUCUUAUGCGAUUUAUAAAAUUGUAACGCGAUACUGAGGUUGAAUGAGAAGAGAAAAAAAAAAAAAAAAAUUAAUAUUACAGAGUAUAAAAAAGUAAUUCACAUUUUCGAUAUCCUAUUUAAGGCGUGUACAUAUAUAUACGAAGACUUCUGAAUUCCGAGGUAAUGAUAAUUGUGAUGAAAAACAUUGGUAAAAAUUUUAACGUUCUUUGAAGAAAAACAAAAAAAAAAAAUCGAUAAAAAAAGAGAGAGAGAGAUAGAGAGUAGAAGAAAAUUCUAUUUAAUCUAAUGAAUAUGAAUAUUGAUUGUAUGCAUACAUACAUAUAUUAUAUAGAUUAUACGCAUACCUCAAUUCUGUGUAAAUAAUUUAAGGGGUAACUAAAUUUAAGAUUUCAUUAUAUAUACUUAAUAACGAUAAUGAAAAAGAAAAAAAAAAAAAACCACACACACACAGCAAACGGAAACGAACUAAACGUAAAAGAGUUGAUCACGUUUCUUAUAUAAUGCUUAUAGAAAACGAGUCGGCAUAAAUAGCGAUUAGCUAUCACUGUCUUAUAAACUCUUAAUGUUAAUUAAUGCAAAUUGAAUUAAUAAUUAUUAUCCUCUUAUUGUUAGUUAACGGAAUUAACUAACCUCUUGAAUAUAGUACAUAUAUAAAUAUAGUUUCCCAGUCGCGAACUAACAACACAACCAUAUACACACCGUUUAUUUCUGUCAACAGAAUAUUUGCCCAAACAAUAAAAAUAAAAAUCAAACAAUUACUCGUUUUUAAGUACGCCUAUGAAAUAUACAGUUUCACAGACACGGUCCAACCUUAAAUACCGUCCUGUAUACGCGUGUUAUUUAUUUAAACAUCAAAGUGCAAUCGUCGUUAAUCGCAGUGCAACGAUUUGAAUGGAAAAAAGAAAUUAGUUUUCUUCUAACGAGAAUAAAAAAAAAUAUCUAUCCGAAUCGUUCGGUGAGUUACAUUAUGAGAAAAAAAGAAUAUUCAAAGAUGAGAACAAAAGAGGCCGUCGGUGCGUGUUUUUUGAAAAAAGAAAUUCAAGCGAUAAAUGACUGUGCAGCGAGAAACAAAAAAAAAAAAAAAAACCGCUUUCACCGCCUUUUUCAUUAAAUUUUUAGUUACAAGCACUUACAAAACUCUUGUAUAAUUCUUCUCCUCGACAUUUGUAAAUGGUGAAAAUAUUUUCUUAUUUUUCUCGUCAAAAGUUUGGCCGAAUUGCCGAAUGCCGUUAGAGACAGAGUUCGACGGACGUGAGAGGAGGAGGCUCGGAGCAGAUUCUUGGCAACAAGUCAGAGCUCAAUAACAAAUUCUUUCCUUAAUUAUGCAAAUUAUCCUAAGGCAGAGGUGGUUCGCCUUUCACCCCGCCGGCAUACAAGGGCCCCCGGGUUCAGGGGUUGUUACUUCUUACGAGUACGAUACUUGAACAACUACCCCCAAAGGUGUGCUAGACCUUCGAGUUCUGCCCUCCUCCCACCUCGUCCCACUCUGCGUACGUCUAUUUCCUUGUUCACCAACCGUUUUACCAAGCCCAGUAAUUAAUUGCGCCUCGGUUGUUGUUUGUUAUAGUUUAUAUCACGUAUCCAUGCGCAGACUCGGUUCCUUUUAGUUCGCGGGGUGAGAGGGAAAGAUCGUCGAGUAAAAUUGUUGUUCAAAAUUAAAUUUCCAGGUACGUGUAAUUUCUACGUACUUUGUUAAAGUUUGAAAUUCAGAUGAACAAAUUUUGAGAUCAGAUUUUCGCCAAGUUUACUAUAUUGCAACUUAUCGGAGAGUUAAAAAUUCCGGUACGUUCGUUGAGGGAUCAAAAACUAUCUCGAAAUUGCGUUGUUGAUUACCUUGAGGCAAUUUCGAGAAAAUUAACGAUCUUCAACAUGGUUUUAUUGUAAAACUUUGCUAG